AUGGCGGCUAUUAACACCGGCGACUUUCCAAUUCACGGGCUUUUACCUAAGCGAGAAACGGGCGCAGAUAGAUUUUUGGCUAAAUAUCCCGAGUAUGAUGGCCGUGGAAUUGUAAUCGCUGUGUUUGAUACAGGAGUUGAUCCGGGAGCUCCCGGUUUACAGGUAAGUUUUAGUUCCGGCAAUAUUGUCCGGAUUCAAUACUCUUAAAAUUUUUUUGAUGUGUUAUAACUCGAUGGAAACUUAAAGGAAAAUUAAAUCCAUUCGCACUUGCCUCGGUUUCAAGUCACCGUCAAUAAAACGGAGUUUGUCAGGCCUUCGGAAAGUUUUAGUUCGAGAAAAGAGUUUUGUGGUACCUUUGACGUGACCUACCAUUUUUCCGCAUCUUAACAAACAAGUUGUCCAAGGACAAGAUUUACAUCGAUAAGUCCAAUUGUCUAACAACUCCAUGCUACUUUGUGGAUAGGGAGACAUGUCAAGGGAAAACUCUGAUGUGAUAACAUAAAGAACAAAAGACAAAUUGGUGAAACAACAAAAUGAGAGAACUUAGUGAAACAAUAUUAAUUAGGUUUCUCUGUAGUGGAAGACAGUUUCUGUGUUGAAUUUUAGCCACUCUUACCAUUUCCUGCAACAGGCAACCCACAGUUUGAGACUUUGAAAAUUUUUUGUUAACUUAAAAAUUGGAGAUGCUAUUAAACAGACCAAAUUAAAUACUUUGUUUAAGACUUCUGUGGUGACAAUAGAUGGCAUUUGGCAAUAUAGGGAGUAGUUUCUGGCAAUAAUGCUGAAAACUGUUUCUUUUAUUGGUGAUUUGCCGAAGGAAAUCAUUAUUAUGAUUGUGUUCCAUAUGAAGUUAAGGAUUAAGUAAGGGAAAUAAUUUGAAUAGUUAAUUAUUUCCUGACUUCUCGGUGACCUGGACUAAUUUUUUUCAAAUUUGUGACUGUGAAAAGUAAAAUGGGGCAUUCGAACAGAUGACAAAUGGAUAACAAAUGGUUUACCCCUUCGAAUGGAUAACCGUUAGUAUUCGUUUUGCCUUUCAUGGUCACAUUUAUUGUGAGGUGUUUAGAAGGGAAGUUAAAACUUUAUCCAAAGGAUAAAUCACCAUUCAGUGAAUAAGUGUUAACCAAAUAUUCUGUGCUAUAUAUCUUCCAUGCACAUUGUUCAAAUGGUGGAUAACACCAUCCAAUGGGCAAAUCGCUAUCCAGUGGACAAGUGUUCAGAUAACUUACUAUGCUAUCCAGCGGAUAGAGAUUUGUCCAUUGGAAUUAUGCAUUAUCUACUCUUGGAACAAUGGUGGCCAGAGAGUGAUAGAGAGCUCCAUUGUGGUAAACUUUGACAUCUGAUUAGCAAUUUUUUUUUUCAAGGAAACCCCUGAUGGACAACGAAAAAUAAUUGAUUUAAUUGAUGCCAGUGGAAGUGGUGAUGUUGAUACCUCAACAGUUGCUGAGGCUGUUGAUGGCUGUGUGACAGGACUUACAGGAAGGAAACUGAUGGUUUGUUUUUGAUGUCUUUGCCUAUCCUUAUUCUCUUAUUCUGACCAGUCCAUUUUUUCUUUUAGCUGAAAGUUUUAUUGUAUUAUUUUCAAGACUUUUAAACUCUCAGAAAAGAACAGCUUUAUGGGCCUGAUUAGUUACAGUGACCUUUGAUAAACUGCUCCUUGAUUCCAGUCCAUUGCAGGGUAAUACCCGUAUCUCUCUAGCAUUUUGGCAGAUUUCUAAGGUGGUAGGUUGGCACCCAUUUAUACUCAAUAGUGGAGAGGGGCAUCAUGAGUGGAGAGUGUAUUUCCUAAGAACCAAAUUAAGUGAUGGGCCAUGGCUUGAAAACAGACCUAUUGAUCUGGAGUAAAGUAGACAAACUACUAAGGUUACCAUUUCUUCCAUAAGCGUGUGAAAAGCUCCUUUAAACUGUUUUAUGUGCUUGGGCAAUAUUGGAGGUCAAAACCAAAAGAAGGCUCUGUCUAGCACCCCCACUAUACAGAAGGUUUGAUGUCAGAUUUCAAAAGGCUGAUACCCAGAUGACCAUGGAUAUGUCAGUCAUAGUCACAAAUGAAGGGGUCAGUGACUUGCUGGGGUGGGGGGUGGGGACUUUUGGAAGCACCAAUAUAUACGGGUUCAGGAAUAUGGGAUAAUUACAUUGGGUCAAAUAGUUACCAUGGAAAUGGUUGUAAAGUAAAACCAAGAUAAACAUGGUUUUAUUGCAAUAUAGUUAAAAAUGCCAUUUAAAUUAACAUUUCCCAUUCAAAAUAUUUAAAAACCUUUUUGGGUCAAUUGUUCAUGUUUUGUUGCUAAUUUUUCUGAAUUUAUACUGAAAGAAUAAAUAGCAGAUAUUGUUGGCUUGGAAAAAAACAAAGCUCAUGUGAUAAAUACGUUAAAAAAAAAAGAGCAGUCGAGAAAUACUCAUUUUUUGAGUUGAUGUUGGUAAAGAUGUUGAAGUCCUAUUAGUCAACUGUUUCCAAUCUCCUACACUUAAGAUAUAUGAUAAGAUAGUCAGUUUAGUACAUCAAAUUAUUGACUUCAUACCUGACUUCAUUGCUGUUGUACCAACCUUACAUGUGGGAGUGUAAAGUGAGCUUAUGAAAACCUCAGCAGACUGAACAAAUUCUUGGUACUUGUUCUCUUAAGUCCUGUAAAUGCAAGUAUGCAUGUUGUUAUUCACAUGAGCCUUCAAAGCCUUUCUUUUGUCAGUCAAAGCCUUUCUUUUGUAAGUCUGGCUAAAGCCACUUGUAAUGUCUAACUUUGUAAUAAGCUCUCAUCCAAGCUCUUGGAUGAGAUGAUGAAGAUAGCUGAGUAUAUCCUUUGUUUCAGUGCAGAACCAUUGCCAGUCACAUCUCAAAUGAAGACAUUUAGAGACACAAAGGAGAGCUUCAUAAGUAUCUGUUGACUGAACUGCAAUGCAGCCAUGCAGCCAUGAUCAUGAGAGCAGUCUUCAGUGUGGAGAAACAUUGAGGCUGCCUCCUCCUUAUGCCACUUUACUAGCAGAUGGUGGAUACAAUGUUCUCCAUUUCAUGUCACUUAUACUGCAUUUCUAACUAUCUUAAAAGCAUCCUACUGGCACCAACUUCUCACCAGGAUUGAGUGCCCUCUUUACAAUCUCUUAUUAAGUGCCACUUCAAAAAUUUUCAGGUUGGUCUUGUUUCACUUGUGAAGGGACUGGCAUGACUGGAGUUGAUAUUCUCUCUUCUCAAAUAAUGGAUGACUUGUUUGCCACAUUUAAUGGAGUUCUUCUGGUCAUAGCAAUCAAAUACAACAUCCACACAAGUGCAUUUUUUUUUUCCCAGAUGGGACAGUUAUGACCUCCCAAUAAUUAUUGGCAAGCUGUCCAAAAGUUGGUAAACCCACAUUCCUCCAUAUCUGCAUAAAUGCAAUUGAUACUUCAACAGUUUAAUAUACAUGAAGUCUUGCUAGAACAAAAACUCCUGGGAGUGUUUACCAGAGGUCAUCAACUCUUCAAUCAACCAAAAAACUUUUUUCUUUUAGUAGCUCUUAUCAGAGCUCAUUGUCUCCCAAAGUGAACAGCAAAGUUCUUGUUUUUGAGAGCUCUUAUCAGAGCUCAUUGACUCCCUGACUGACUAAAAAACUUCUUGCAACUAGGAGCUCUUAUCAGAGCUCACUGAUUCCCCCAAUUGACCAACAAAUGUAUCAGGAUCGGAAGCUCUUAUCAAAGCUCAUUAAUUCCCCAACUAACCCUGAAAACUGCUUGCAAUUGGGAACUCUUUUCAGAGCUCAUAGACUCCCCAAUUAACAAACAAACUUAUUGUGAUUGGGAGCUCUUAUCAGAGAUAUUUGACCGUCCAAGUGACCACUAAACUUCUUGCAAUUGGGGGCUCUUAACAAAGCUCAUUAACUCUCCAAUUGACCAACAAACCUCAAGCAAUUGGGAGCUCUUAUCAGAAUUCUUUGACCCCCCAAUUGACAAACAGAUAUAUAGCAAUUGACAGCUCUCAUCAGAGCACAUUGACUCCAUUUAUUUCUUGGCUUCCUUAGCAACAGUUGCUAUGGUUAAGUUUAACCAGCUAAUGCAAAUUAUCCUAUAUUUUUAGGUACUUUCCAAAGUUUCAUUACCCUUCAAAAUUUUAUUCUAUUUGUUUGAGUAGUUCUGGAUGUUUUGGUGAUAAGUUCCAAAACACACGAACAUUGCUACUUCCAAAGGUGCUUCACCACUCCCAAUAGCAAGUCGCAGACCCAAAAAUUUGUGACUAAGACUGAUGUGGCAAUGAUCUCUGGGUAUCAGGCCAUCAUCAUCUGAUUUCCAACUUUUUUUUGUAGUGGGGGUGCUAUGAGGUCAACUUUUUCUGGCUUUUCUUCCUCAACUGGUGUGGAUUAUUAACUUAUUUCAAUUAUAAACAAAAGACUCUGUGUUCGCUUAUUGAGUGCAUAAGGGUAUUUAUCGCAUCAAUCAGAUCACCGCACUAGGGUAUUAUCUUGCACUAAUUAGAUCACAACAUUGGGGUAUGCUAGCACCAAUCAGAGUAUUGUUCAUUAUGCCAAUCAUGCAUGAAAUUAGGAAUGCAAUAUGUUGCAAUGGAAUUAACCCAACAUUGACACACACCAAGAGUGACAUAUUAACAAACAAUUGUGUGCUCAUCUACCUAGAAUAAUGCUCAUGUCCUUCAUGAUGACUUUGUAGACAUGUGACUAUAAACCAAGAAACAAGAAAGUUACAGAGAAAAUUUUGACAGGCUAAUUGCAAAACAUAGUAAGAAGUAUUUUAUUGACUAAACUGAGGCAAGGCACAAUCCAUUGACCUUUAGGAUGCAAAAAAAUCACACGACAUACCUUUUAGAAAGAUCAACGUCAAUUGCAAGAUAAUUUUGAACCUGGGCUUUUCCACAGGAAACCCAUGAAAUAACUUGAACCAGAAUAUGCUGUUUGACAAAAAACUACAUCCACUCACUUGAGCAGCAAUUUUUUUUUUUUAUAGUUGUUAAAGUGUAACUUGUUGUGUACUUUGUUUAAUGGGUUUUUAAAACAGAUUCCAGAUGACUGGGAGAAUCCCUCAGGCAAGUUUUUCAUUGGUGUGAGGAGUGCUUACAGUUUGUUUCCAACAAAGCUGAGAGAGAGACGAGUGGUAAGUAAAUGAAUACAUUGUGUAUUCUUGCUUCUAAAUUUAGUGUUCUUUUGCAACUCUAAUCUUUAAGUUGGUAAUGUUUGGAACUCCAGUCAAUUGAAAGGUGGCUUUCAUUGGUGGGUUCCAUCACUAGUUGCCUCAGAUUCAAAAAGUGGUUUUAAUUUUGUAGCAGAGUUAUGACAGGGAGAAGAAUUGACACUAAGGAGAGUUAGAGGAGAGAGUAGAAUAAACAAAUUAGUGGGCCAUUCAGUAACAACUCCAGUAUUUUCUGUUAACACAGCUCUGGUGUCUCAGCACUUCCAGGGGGGUAAUUAAUUGGUUAAUAAGUUUUUCUGUGAUCCCUAGAUGACUGGAACUACUCAGUUAACUAUUUACAACCUAACACCAGUAUGCAUAUUCUCCAUACUGUUCUCUAUACUUUUUCUAGGCUUUUGUUAAGGAGAAUUUGUAUUACAAUCUAGAGCUUCUUUUGUUGGUGAUCAUGGCCCUUAUUCUCCUGACCUCAAUGUUUGAUUCAGGGGUGAUAUUGUAAGGAGAAAUAAGAUGCUAGUCACUCUUAGGGGUGAAAGGGUUAGGUGCAUGUUUUAAUCAGUGUAGGUUAGGUUAUAACUAGUGCUGUCAGAAUCAAGCAGCUUUAAUGGAAUGGUACCCUGUCUUGUUCACUUUUAGAAAGAAAGGCGUGAGAAGCUCUGGGACCCACCUCACCAGGUGUGCAUCUCAGAGGCAACAAGGAGGCUUGAUCAAUGGGAUGCAGAACAUCCAAAUCCUUCAGUGGUAAGCAUCUUUUUCUAACUUCAUAAGGUGAUUAAGUGUAUGGUUUGGUUAUGGCAUACUUGCUGACUACCUCAAGUCAAAUGAGCGAGAUUUUUAUCCUCAGUCACUAGAUAUAUUUUUUUUUUUUUCGGUGCACAUAGCAUGAGAAGUUAAUCAGAGAAGAUCUUCAAGCUCAAGUAGAGACCCUUGCCAGUCUUGAAAAGAAUUACUCUGACACUGGGCCUGUUUUUGACUGUAUUGUGUUUCAUGAUGGAUACACUUGGAGGUAAUGGGUUAAAUUUUUACUGAGACUCACCCCUCACCUCUGUCCCUCUCCCCCACCCCCACCCCUUGCCCCAUCCCCCCUUAUCUCCCUUCCCCCCCCCUCACUCUUUACCCCUCCCCCCCUCGCUCCUUGCCUCUUGCUGCUUUCCCCCUUGUGUAAAUGGCAAUGAUAAUCAUGGUUUUUGUCUAAACUCUCCACUUGCUUUCAUCAAAAUCAUUUACAGCAUAUGCUAAUUUGGUUUCUAAAAAUCAUAAAAUAUUUAAAUAUUUUAAAAUAUGAACUGAAGCAGGCAUUGAAAUACAAGUAAAUUUUGAACUGAAGUGUUGCUUCUCUAAAAUGUAAACCAACAUUACAAUGUAUCCUUCAGUAAAGUAUUAGAAUAUGUUAGAGACUAGUUUCUUUUCGCCCUGUUUUUGUUUUUUCACCUCCUUACAGUAUCACUGCGGUAGGUUAUGUGAAAAAAGGAAAUGAUCACCAACUACAGAACUUAUAAACAAAUUCUCCCUUUUAGCAUCUUAGGAAAUGUGUGGAGAACAUUGUGAACAAAAUGUAUACUGAUGUUAGGUUGUGAAGGGUUAAGAGGGCAUUUUAUUUGGUGAUACAAAUUUUUUUGUCGUAAGACUGUAAAUUUGAAGUGAAUGUUUAGGAUCUAUAUGGAAGGAUUUUUAAGAGAUAGAACAUAAACAAUUUUCAAAGUUUUUCCUUUUACCAUCUUUAGAGCUUGUGUUGACACAUCUGAGAGUGGAGACUUAGCCAGCUGUACUCUUCUGGCCAAUUACCGAGAAUCUGGACAGUAUGCCACAUUUGGAAAAGAAGGUGUUAAUCAUUUCUUCAAAUAACUCUUUGUCAAUAAUGUCUCUAUUUUACCCCCCAGAACUAAAUUUUUCCAACCAAAUUUGAUGAGGACUCAGUAGAGAGAAGGGGCUUACUCAACCCUUUGAUCCCUGAGCGUGACAAGCAUCUAAUUUCUCCUAACAAUAUCACCUCUGAAUCACACAUUGAGGUCAUGAGAAUAAAGGAGAUGAUCACCAACUUAAGAAGGUCUUGAUUGUUAAACAAAUUCUCCUUCCCAGCACCUUAGGAAGUGUAUAGAGAACAGUAUGGAGAAUGUGCAUACUGAUAUUAGGUUUUAGAGGGUUAAAACUCCAUACUUAAAAGGGUAGCUUUUUGCAGGCAUUUCUUAUUAUAAUAAUAAUGCCUGAAUUAUUUUUCAGAUUUGUUCAACUACAGUAUCACUGUUUAUGAAGAAGGCAAAAUACUGUCAAUAGUAGCAAAUGGAGGUUUGUAUAUGUGCAUCAUUCAAGGUUUGAGAUCGGGGUGAUUUUGUUUUUAACCCUCUAGCUCCCAUCAGUGACCAAGACAGAAUUUCUCCUCAUGGUAUCAAUACAAUAUCAAGCAGACAAUUGAUGAGAAUAAAGAAAAACAUCAACAAGGGAAAUAUUGGUUGAUCCAAUACCAAAUUCUCUAAAUUAACGUCGACAGAGUUGUAUGGCAGACAGUAAGGAGAAUUACUGAGAUCUUGGGAGUGAAAGGGUUAAGGGGCAUAACAGUCUUCUUUUUUUUGUGCUUCUAGGUACUCAUGGCACCCAUGUGGCCAGCAUAGCAGCAGGGUAUUGUCCAGAUGAUCCAGCAUUGACAGGCAUUGCUCCUGGUGCUCAGGUGUACAUGAUAUUCUAGUUUAACCCUUUACCUUUCAGAAGUGAUUAUCUUGUAACUUCUUGCCAACAGGCACUGAGAAUAAUUGAACUUAUCAGGUAGAAGUUGUUACUUUCAUUUAACAUCAAAUUCUUGUAGCUAAUUUACAAGGAAAUGUGUAGCAGCUAGAGGGGCAAAUUAACAAUCAGAUCUUGGGAGUUUAGAGAGUUAAUGGAGCAAGGUUAGAGUAUUUUGAGAUACUCUUCUGUGUCAUCAAAAAUUGUGUUUGCUAGGGAAGGUAGAAAAAGUCUCUCAAGGUUUUAAUGCACAAGGAAGCAAUUAGGGUGAGGCAUAUCCUUUACACCCCAACAUCAGUAUCAAUAUUCUCCAUACUGUUCUCUGUACAUUUUCUUAGCUACUGACAAGGAGUUUAUGUUUGAUAAUGAAAGCCUCUUAGGCUGGUGAUCAUUGACUUCAUUCUCAUGAUCUUAAUAAAUGAUUCAGCAGUAACACUGUAGGGAGAAAUUGAAUGCUGGUCACUCUCAGGGUUUUAAAGGGUUAAAUGAAGAAGUGGUUAUGUGAAAAGUUCCUUUGUAUAAGAAGAUUCUGCAUUUUUUCCCUCAGAUUCUCUCAGUUAAAAUUGGUGAUUCAAGAUUAAAAACCAUGGAAACUGGAGCCUCCAUGAUAAGAGGAGUAAGCACUAUUAAUAGAGAAAGAUGUUUUUCGUCUUGUCAAAAGUGUGGGACAAAGAUAAUAUUAUAAGUCCCCCUGAGGAAUGGAAGAGCAUCAGAGUGUUUGUUUCCUCAUGGGGACUCAGAAUAUUUCUUUGUCCCAUGCUUGCGACAAAACGAAAAACAUCUUUCUCUAUUUCUUUACCAAGCUCAAAACUUAUUAUCUUUCUUAUUCUAUUUGCAAGCAUUGUUAAUUUGCCAAUUUUUCCUGUUAUGUCUCUUGUGACCAACCUUUAAUGAUCUGAUUUUUUUAUUUUAUAGUUAAGUAGAUUUUUUAUUUAAAAAAUUUUGUUUUAGUUGAUUGCAGUUCAUCAGUACAAAUGUGAUCUUAUAAAUAUGAGCUACGGAGAAGCAAGUCAUUGGCCGAAUUCAGGGUAACAAAUAAAUCCUUUAGUUUCUUUUUGUGCUGUCACAUUCAUAAUGAUGAUGAUAACAACAAUAAAGAUGAUGAUGAUGAUGACAAUGUCAGUAACAAUGGUAGUUGUAAUAAUGACAACAAGAAAUGUUAUGCAGAAAACCUCCUGUCACAUCAGUUGGAGGGUUUGGUGAGUUAGUGAUAAAUUACCUUGAACCCCAAAACAAGAUGUUCAGGGUUGUUUCCAACCCGAGUUAUUCUGUUCUGUUCUCAGGGAAGAAAAAUUAACUCUCGUGGUUCCAUUUCAGACCAGGAGUAUUAAGAGGCCAUGAGGCUUGAAAAAAUCUGCUUACAAUCUCAAUGAGAGGGUUUUAGAGAGGUCAGGUGGGGAAAAUAGUUGCCCAUGCAUCACUACACGCUCUAUAGUGCGUAUAAUUUGCAUUUACUACACGCGCAUGAGAGGAGCUACAAUACAGCCACGCAGUAUUAUAGAUAUCAUAGCAAAUCCACUUUAAAAUGUGCAGGUUAUGUUUAUUUAGCUUUUGUUCUUUGUUGUGUUGUAGACGUAUAAUAGAACUCAUGAAUGAACUUGUGGACAAACACAAAGUGAUAUUUGUGUCCAGCGCUGGUAACAAUGGCCCAGCUCUAUCCACAGUUGGAUGUCCAGGGGGCACUGCAGAGUCUCCUAUAGGUAAAAUUUUUAGUAAAAUUAAUUUUGAAGUUACAGUGGCGUAAUAAUUGUUUAAGGUUAUGGCAUUUAAAGGAUACCAAUUUAAAACAGAAAAAACAAACUAAAAAUCUUUGCCAAGGUUUCUUCUUUUUUUUUUUUUUUUUUUUUUUUUUUUUUUUUUCCAAAUUAAGCCAUUACGAUUGUAAGAGUGCUUAUUCUUGGUUUUGCUCAUUGUUCAGGUGUUGGAGCUUAUGUGUCACCAGACAUGAUGGCUGCUGAGUAUUCUAUGCUGGAAAAACUUCCCGGAAAUCAAUACACAUGGUCCUCAAGGGGUCCAACGUAAGGAAUUAGCUUUUAAUAAUUUGUGUCCAGCUCGCUUAAAGAUGAGAAGGCUCUGAGAUACCUUAAACAUUUAACUCACAAGAUCUAAAUAUGAAUUCUUCUCACUGAUUGCUGUUCAUUUGCUAUAGUUUUAAUUUUGAGAAUUUAAUUCUCAAUCAAACUUAAUACUCUAGUUGAUGUUUUUUUUUCGCUUGUUAUCAAUUUCUACUUUAAAAUCUUUUCUGUCACUCCUGGGUGUUAGAAAGUACUUCUGUAGGUAUUUUCUCAGCAGAAACUUGCCAUUGGUACUCUUUAUCUUCCGUUACUCGUGCAUUAGUCGUAGUACGUUUUCGACACGGCCAGGAAUUUACAUGGUGAUCAAACCUUGUUUUGGUUUCACUUGAAAAUUACAUGUUGGUUGCAAAAAUAUCAUGAUUUCAACAGGAAAUGCAAACGAUAUGUGGUACGGAAACGGGUUGAAAGAUUUUGGGACGAGCUGGUAAAGGCGGGGCGAACUUGUUUUACGUUAGGGGGCGAAAUUACAAAGGUUGCAGAGGUUUAAAUUGUAAUGGGGCGAAUUCACCACAAAACGAUAAGCUCAGGGGGGAAAGGUAUGUGGGAAAUUCUGGAUUUAAAACAUCUGAAAUUGUGAUUUUAAGCACAGAGUUCUGACCCCCAUUUUUUGUAUCACAGCACAGAUGGCUCAUUAGGUGUGAAUAUCAGCGCACCGGGCGGAGCAAUAGCUGCUGUCCCCAACUGGACGCUGAGAGGAACACAAUUGAUGAAUGGAACAUCAAUGUCUUCACCUAAUGCUUGUGGAGGAGUUGGUAUGAACUGAAGACUGCAGCAAAAAAUUGUAAGUGUUAGUCAAGUUUUUUUGUUGUUUAACUCAUUCCAGUUUCUUUUCCCGAAUUUAUCUCACAGCUCUCCUGCUAUCGGGUCUCAAAGCAAAUGAUAUUGCCUAUUCUCCGCACAGGUGAGCUUUUGAUUUUCAAUAAUUUGUUUUAGGCUUUUUUUUGUCUUUGAUAGCUCUUUUCAGAAGGCCCCAGCUUGAUGAGACUAGUAUACGUGCACCACUGGGCUUGUAGCUUGUUGUAGCAUUUUUUUAAAAUUUUUUUUUUAACGAGGAUAGUAAUUAAUACAUUAAAAAUUUGUUUACGUUCUCAGCAUUCGUAGAGCAUUGGAAAAUACUGCCCUUCAUGUGGAAGGUAGAGCACUGUGUGUAUUUCUUUAAUUUGUAUCAUGAGAAUAAUUUCCCCUUUACACUCUAAGAUUAAUAUGCAUAUUCUCCAUACUGUUCUCUGAACAUUUUUUAAGGCGCUAACAAGGAGAAUUUGUCAAACAAUCAAGAGCUUCCUUAGUUGGUGAUCAUUUCUUUUAUUCUCAUCACCUUCAUGUGUGAUUCAUGGGUGAUAUUGUAAGGAGAAGUUAGAUGAUGGUCAGUCUUUUUUGUUGCCGUCUGUCUGUUGAUAUGUUGAUUGGAAAUAAUGUCAAAAUGGGGGAAGAACCAUGAAGAGGCUUAAUCUUCUACAGCCUCACAUCAGCAUGCAUAUUCUCUAUACUUUUCUCCAUAAAUUUUCUAAGGAGCUGACAAGGAGAAUUUGUUUAACAAUCAAGAGAUUUUGUAGCCAGUGAUCAUUUCCUUUAUUCUCAUGACCUUCAUGUGUGAUUCAGGGGUGAUAUUGUUUGGAGAAAUUAGAUGCUAGUCACUCUUAAGGGUCAGAGGGUAAAUAGCCUCAGGCGAGUAUUUCAUUGGUUUUUUUUUGGUAAAUUUGUUCUUCUACCGUGGUAUGUAACUGAAAAGACACACGGAAAUUGGAAUAUAUUUAUUUCUAUAAUGAGGAGAACAAAAUAAUCUCCUGUUAUGACGUCAUUGGUAAUCUGACUUGCAACAGAUCGUAGUUAAGCGCCAAUCUGAAAGCGUCUCCAUUUUUACAACAAAAGCAAGUUGGUAACUACCCGCUCUCAUAAUUUUUUUUUUUUUGCAGGACUUGAUAGACUCACCUUAGGACAUGGCCUCUUACAGGUUAGUUAGCGGAAUUCAUGGAAUAAAAAUUUUAGGCAAGGUGCAGUGAAUAAGGAAUGUUAAUUAUAUGACCCGUCCGGCCUCGCUCGCGCGAUCUCAUAGGAAACCAUAGUGAAAACUGAUGCUUGUUGGGCCGAACGGGUUGACAUGAGCCGUUCUAGAAAAAGCCGUCCGGCCUCAGUGCACAUGUACUGCUUUGUUGCAAAAAACGAAAGAAACAAUGUCGCUUUUGUUGCAAAAAAUUAGUGACAGCAGUGACCAAAACUAAAUGAGAAAAGAAGUAUGGGGUAUUGGGGGAGUGUUGUUGUCUAAACGUACGAUGACACAAAGACAGUGUCAGCCAGAGUGAAAUACGUACUCAAAGCAAAUCAAAAUUGAGGUAGAGACACCUACGUAUGAUACGCUGAAAUUUUUCAGCCCGAGUUAUGGGUAAUGUGGGUGGGUAGAUCUGGCUUGAACUCCGUACCUUUUUCUCCACAGCUAAAAAAGCAUUCAAGAUUCUUUUGUAUUGUUUCAUUUUAGGUCGACAAAGCGUUUGACUUUUGUCGAGAAUUUUCAAGAGUUCCAGAAAGAGAUGUUAGAUUUCAGGUAGGUAACACACGAGGUUUACUUGAAAUACUUUUUCACACUUGAAAAAAAUGCGUAUACGUGUAGCUGUUGUUUGAACAUUUGCGCAAUUGAAUGAGUUUUAUCGCAGUAUUCCAUAAUACAGUGCGGGAUGCGUGGGUCUAAAAGUUCAGAGUUCAAACCCGGCCAGGAUCUGUGUUUUGUUCUUGAACAAGACACUUUCCUCUCCUCAUGCUUCUCUCCACCCAGGAGGAUAAAUGGGUACCGGCUAACAGUCCGAGAAUCCUUGACAAAAUGCUAAGGGUAACCUACGAUUUUCGAACAUCCCACAAAUGAAGAGUAGCUAGACUGCUACCAUCAGUUGCAAAAAAUGUUAAGACAGCUUCUCACACAAAAACGAAUUAUUAUUCACAAAUCGGCUACGUAUAACUAACAGUCCCCCGCUCCUUCUCCCCUCUCAAAGUUUUGUCAAUUUAACUUUUGGCCAUGGUGUAAUUUUGUAGCAGCAUUGAUAGGAGGGGAGGGGGAGCGUAGUUUUUGCAUGAUCAGGAACAUUUCACCAACGAUUCAAUUAUCUAAAAUAUCUAAACUAAUUUUGCUUCUGAUUCUGGUUACUUUGCGAGACUGAACGGGGGAUGAGAGUUCAUCAGGGGCCACCACUUGGAUCGUGUGCCGUCUUUAAACGUUUCUUCGAUAUUUUUUGCUUGCUCAGAUUUCUUGUUCUUCUGGCAAGAGAGGAAUUUAUCUUCGUGAAUCCAGUCAGCUGUGUAAACCCUUCUUUGAACAAGUGUCUGUGUCAACACAUUAUGAUGAAGAUGUUGGUAAGUUUAAUUUCAAAUGCAAAGUUGCAUUUCUCAAGAAAGUAACUUGUGGAGAAAUAGCAAUUUUCAAUCGAGUAUUGAAGGUAACUCGGGAUUGCUUUAUUUUUGCUGUACUUUGCUCUGUGAUUGUUCCAGAAAAUUUGCGCCACUCUCUCGACUCUACUUUGCUCUGUGAUUGGUCCAGAAAACUCGCGCCACUCUCUCGACCAAUCAGAUGCAAAAGUAAACCAAAUCACUCGCGUUUUCCCGCACUUUAGACAAUUUAGUCGGUUUUCCUUCGAGUUCUUAGUGGCUGUUAAAGGUAUUUUCCUUUCUUCUGAUCGGCCGAUUUGGUCACCUAGGUUUUGAUUUACAAAACUCCAACGAAAAGCGCCUUGAUUGUGUGUGGUUCUAUGUGGAAGGGGCCGAGUAGUCAUUGAUACCAUGAUUCUCUGAAGAUGGCAUUUAAAUCUUGCCAGAUGGGUGUCGUUCAGGGUAAAACAAAAUAAAAUCAGUUUUGUGAGGGCAUGUAAAAUAAUCGCCUGAAAUAUAAGCCGCGGCUUGGAUCAAAGACUACAAACAGUCGUCGAACAAUUUACCAGCGGUCUAUCGACGGUCUCCCAACAACGUAUCGACCUCUUACCGAUAAUUUAUCGACGGUUUAUCGAAGAUUACUGGCUAUCUAAUGAUCUUCUCAUUUUGUUUUAUGCUUUGUUUUAUUUUUAUUCUUUUCGUUUAUUAUAGCUAACGAUGACAGAUUAAACCUCAACCUCCGACUUAGUUUGGUCAGUUCAGUAUCGUGGGUGACUGUACCGGAUCAUUUUGUCCUCAUGAAUACAACGAAUACAGGUUUGUAAGAAUAAGAGUACAAUGAAAAGAUAAAGUAGUCAUUUAAUUUGUCGGAACAGAAGCAGUAAAUAGCCUGGGUUCGAUGAGUCUGUACGCCAGCUAGGGAACUGGAACCGAGUGCGAUCAGGUGAUGCUCAUUUUGAAACCUCUCGAGAAAAUAAGACAAACACGGUUUCCAUUCCUGGCUUUGGGUUAAACAGUCCAAACCAUUGCUCAUCGAAAGAAGAGUUUGAUCCAACUGACUGCUGAUCUGUUUAUAUUUCUUUUAGUGCGCAAUUUCUAUGUCAAGGUUGAUCCUCUGGGUUUGCCGCACGGGGCGCAUUAUGCUGAGGUAAUUAAACCGACAAGUUUGCAAAAGUGAUCGUGGUGCACUAAAAUAAUUGCAAAGGGAACUUGCUGAUACGAGAAUUUCGUGACUUUGUUUCAGGUGUCUGCUUACGACAUUAGCUGUCCACAGCGAGGACCGUUGUUCAGAGUUCCAAUAACAGUCAUUAAACCCAACAGGUAUGUGCCUAGGGACCAGUAGAGCGCUUCCCGAUUGAGUGCGUAAAACCAAAAACCAAAAACCAAAAACCAAAAGAAUCACUACAAACAAUCAAUAGAAAGGAAAGCACCGAUAUCUGGACUUUGCUGCCGCCCCUUCCCCCCCCCCCACGUGUGGAAUACGUGAUAAAAUGCAGGUUGUUUACUAGGAAAUGACAUGUGAUGGGUAAAGUCCAAGGUUAGGUAAGGCGAAUUGCAUUGGUAGACAACGUCAAAGCACGUGAGAGUUGCGUCGAAAAUUUACCUACAAUAGCGUUUAGUUUCAUGCGAAAUUUUUCAGGGGAUUAGGAUUGUAUCGUUAAAUUUAGGCUGGUUACUGGAAAAUGUCAUUUUAUCGGGGAAAGCGUGAUCAAUAAUGAUAAGUGAACACGUAAUGUUUCCGGAAAAUACUGUUUAAAUACAAGAUGUUAUUCAUGGAGAACUUCUUAAAGCAAACAAACGGAUAUUAACAUGGUAUUCGAGAUAGAAAGUAAAUAUAACCUGGUGAUCUUUUCGACCUUCGCCGAAAGAGAAACCACAAGGCGAAGACAAGAGCAUCAAUCAAAUAUGCCUCAUGCAGAUGCUUUGCGCAAAUUUAACCAGAGUCAGCAAAUCUAGCCCUUCCAAAACAAACGCUCCAGUGAUAACUUCGUGUUAGGCCUUUUGCUGACGGCGUGUGCGUUGUUAGUGACGGAGCGGUACACAAAACACACUUUAACUUUUGAAUGGUGGAAAAAUUCCCUGCCGACUUUUGUAACCCCAAUUGAUCAUGUGCGACGCCCUAAUUCCAUGAAAUGAUUGACAUGAGGGACACUACCCUCACACACUGAUUGGUGCAAACAUGCCCCAUUGCUAUGAUUUGAUUUGUGCGAGAUACCUAACCUAAUGCUGCGAUCUGAUUGGUGCAGGAUACAUUCCCGAAUGCGGCGAUCUGAUUGGUGUGAACAACUUACCACUCGAUACGCUAACAUAGAGUUAUUCAGUUUUUUUAUAUGAAAAAAAAAAGAACUCAAAAGGCAGCUCAUCCUUUGAACUCGACGUUUUAAUUUCCAGUGUUAGCGAUGUGAACCAUUAUGUGUACGAGUUGGAAGACGUGAAGUUUAAACCCGGACAGGUGCAUAGGAGCUUUGUUCAUGUCCCGGAGGGAGCAACGUGGGCGGGUAAGUUAAAAAAAUAAAACAAGAAAUGAAUUGCAGUUUUCUUUGUCAGCUGCUGAAGGAAGGAAAUUUUGUUACAUGUUUCAUCAAGAUAAAACCCUCUACAGUAGUUGAUAAGUCAGUCUUUCACAUCUCCUUUUCACUGGAUAAUGCGUUGACACUGUAAAGAGGUAUUUCAUUUCAUCUCAUCUGGUGGGUUAAGUUUUAAAUAAUUUACAUGACGAAAUUUACGCCCUACUGAUUGGCUGAAAACGAGUCAAUUUUUCAUGUAACACGCGUGCAAAUUACACAUACGGCGCGCGUGCUCUGCCAAAAUUUCGGCUGUCUUAAAUUUCUUUAAGACUACAAACUGCACUCGCCCUUCGGUCUCGUGCAAUUUUGUUGACUGGUGCCUAGUAUUGCACUCGAAAUGAUGUUGUUAACUGUACAAAUUAAAUUUUUUUAUCAACAGAAUUUUCAGCCUUGUCACUUGAAGAAGAAGUCUACGGACUCUUUAUUCUCCAUGCCGUUCAGCUGUCCCCUCUUUCGUCUUUUAAGGAACACGAGUUCCUCCAAUAUAUUCCCCUUUCAUCGCUGAGCGAUAAAACCUACAGUUUCGCAGUAAAGGUACAAGCUGUUGUAUUAUUUAAGCAGUAGAAAGAGUGUGUUUCAACUAGAUGUCUUUAUAUAAAAGGGUAAAUCAGUGUUAUCAACUUAGUUGAUAAUUUAAAUUGGCCACCGUAAUAAGUUUCAAAGCUGACUUUUCGUCAGAGCAAAAUAUUCCCUAAUCGCUCUUACGCAGGACUAACGAUGGAAACGUCAACUUUGAAACUCUUUACGGUGGCCAAUUUACGUUAUAGACUCAGUUGAUAAUCAGUACUAAAUUACCCUGUUACACUCUCCCACCGAGUACCACAGUUUCUUUAGAAACUUACCCCCUUUAUUCAUUUGUCUUAAAAUCAAUAGCAAGGUAUUCUUAUUGGCCAACCAGAUGAAAGCACAAGGUCUGAAGAAGCUAGUGGCAUGUGAUAGUUUGAUUUGUAUAUGUUAAUCGCAGGCAAUUUUAUAUUGGGAAAAAAAAAACCUUCGGCCACCAAAGGCAAAUUUAGAACUUCAGGUUCGUGAAACAUUUUACAAUCAGGAAUGGAGGGAAAAUGCAACUAUUUGCAAUCACGCUAAAGAUGUGUAGCUUGCGGGUAAACGCGCGUGAAAACACGAGCAAGACCAAGUAAGGAGUUAGUGGAGCUGUAAUUUUUUGUUUGGUAACCCUGUGUCUCUGGUUUUCUUUUCCUUUUUCAGGGAGGUAAGACGUUGGAGUUGUGCACAGCAAAAUGGUGGGCUAGCUUAGGAGAGUGUGCCGUCAAGAGAAGUGUCACGUUUCAUGGAGUUAAUCCCAGUGAAAAGAGCAUAACACUGGUAGCUAUACAAUUUGAGUUUUUCACGCCUUAGUAGUUCGAAAUUUGUUUUGUUGCUCUGUGAGUUGUGCAAACUUCGAAUUUAUUUUUGGUUUAGUUUCUGUUUCGUCAACUAACUUAAUGGAGACGGGAUUAAAACAAAUCAGAACACAGCGCGUAGUCACCCGGCUAUUGUUGUGAGACUUGGGAAACAGAACUGAGAGUGAUCCGAGAAUGUCCAAGAGCAAACAGCACGUUAAUAUAUGCCGUCCUAGUCGAGUGUUAAUGUGAAAUUUAUUUGUUGGACGUAUUGAUGAAACCUUUUUUAGGAAGAAAAAGAACGGUCGGGAGAAUUCUCAAAUAAAGACCAGCCGAAACACCGAGACAUUUUUUAAGGAAUCUCAAUUGCAGCCUGCUCCAUUUGUGCCUCAAAUUUCCAGCGAUAGGGCAAUAGAAAAUGGUUCUGUUCUUUGCCCUUUCCUCAGUCCCUCGCGUGCGCAUUGUUGUCAGAAAAGAGACGACUGGGCACGAAGCAGUAAAUUGCGUCAGAUAACACAGCGGUCAGACACUGCGCAUGCACAAUGGUUUAAAAACAAUAAGACGGAUUACGAACGCGUGUCUAGCGUGGAGUAAGGAAGAAAAAAUUAAGUCUCCAACUGCUGUAUUCCAAUACGUAGGACGCUUGAAGAUUAAAUCUUAGUCUUGUUUUAUUGUGAGAUUUCUCAACUGCUUUUUACGCGAUCGCUUCGUUUUGGUGAUGACCGCAAAUAACCGAACCUUCUCCUACCCCUACUACACAGUUCUUUACCGGUCGACCGUUCGCGGAAGACACAGACCUGCUUUCAACAAGGAAAUAACUGCUGCUAGCACGGCCAAGUUUACGGACGAUGUCAUCACGCUGCCGUCCAAAGUGUGAAAAAAAAGUAUGAGAGUGUAAACGACAAAGGGGGGAAAGUCUAGAACAACAAUGUAUAUGUCUUGGCCUUAGAAACUUCGAAAUGUGCUUAAGAAACGUCUCACUCGGGUUCUCUGUGUUUUCAAUAAUAAAUUAUCCAUGUUGCUUUUAUCUAAGUGCACAUGCGCAACCUCUGGGAUGUUUAAAAAUGACAGCAGCGGUGAUCUCUAUUCGAAAUGUUCUAAAAUAGUGUAGUCUUUGGAACUUCAUAAAAAAAAUGAGUCUAAGCUCACCGAGGAUAAGUGCUAGGACGCCGGCAAGCCAGAGAAAAAAAAACUAGGGUGAAUACAUUAAAUCGAGGUUCACUGGUAUAAUUUUUGCGCGAAGUAUAGAAAAUAAGGAAAUGCUCUCGCAAGAGUAAAAUUUAGUCGAACUUGAAUGGAAAAACAAUCAAAAGCCCACAAGAAACCCUAACUUAUUGUGAGUGUGUUGUUUCAGUACAGUUAUCUUCAAGUGAGCAGAUGGUUUCACAUGCCAUAAUUGAUAUUCCGACAGCUUUUUUAAUUGAUUGUCUCCACCGUGACUGAGCUAUGAAAUGUCUUUCCUUAUCAAUGUUUUGUAGAGGUGGACGUGUUUUAUUGACUUUUGCAGGUAUUCAUGUUUUUCAUUCUCUUGACAACUUUACAGAAGAUCCAUAAUUUAUCAUUAUUCUGGUUGAUUAAGAACUCAGUUUUAUUUGUAGCGUCAGAAAGCGUUUGCGCACUCACCAAGUCAAAAUAUAAGACGAUCAAUUGAAACCAAACUUCCUGACCAGCUUUUAAAAGCGAUUUGUUUUCAGUGCCUAGGACCAUUACGUUUGUUAGAAAAGAUAUUUAUUUCAGAAGGAAGUGACCUCUUCUGGAGAGGAAAUUGCAAUGGAAUAGCAUCAGGUUAUAAAGCAUCUUGUUUGCACAACGUUCUAUCGAUUGGUGGCGAGUGUUACGAUGAACGGAUCCUUUUGUGAAGCGACUCUGCAAUAUCUUCCCACUUAUUCGGACUUUAAAGAACUUCGUUCAACUUACAUUGCCAACUGUGUCUUCAUUAAUUUUCUAACCCAUACUGCCAUCAUGUGGAACAUAAUAACAAUAUAUGCGAUACGAAAAGCUUCAUCUUUGCCCAAGACUUUGAGAACUCAUAUGUUGAGCCUCGCUGUCUCCGAUGUCGGUGUUGGUUUGUUUGCUCAGCCAUUUUACACUUCUCUUCUCGUCAGAUUGUUACAACAGAACCAUCUUGGCUGUAAUUAUUAUCUUGUGCUGAAUGUUUGUGGUUAUUUCUUUUCAUUUGCGUCAUUCCUCGGUGUUGUUGCCGUUAGUGUGGAUAGGUUCUUAGCUGUUCAUCUUCAUUUGAGAUACCAGGAGCUUGUAACGUUCAAACGUGUUGUUGUUGAGGUGAUGGCAAUAUGGACGGUUAGCACAUUUCUGUCUUUUUUUAUUUUGUGGGGGAAAAUUUCUCUUCGGGAUUUUAUUGUUUCUGCUACUGCAGCGAUUGGUUUUACUCUCAUGUUUGUGGUGUAUAUCAGAAUGUACUUAAUAAUCCGACGCCACAAGAAUCAGAUUCGCUCUAUGUUAGUACAAGAUGUACCUCAGGCUGCUGAAAUGACGAAUUUUGCGGGCCUCAUUAAAUCUACUGUUGGUGUAUUCUACGUAUGCCUUGUCUUCCUAGCUUGUUAUUUACCGUACUUAAUUUGUAUAGCUGUUAUCAAGAUUAAUGGCACAAGUACCACUUUAAAGAAAUUUCAUCUUUUUGCGCUGACCGUCGUGUUUCUUAAUUCAUCAUUGAAUCCGGUCAUCUAUUGCUGGAAGAUGAGACACAUUCAACACGCUAUCAUGGAAAUAUUGCGAAGCAUGUCUUGGCGUAGACGCCAACCUUCUCGCUUGCACUACGAUCGGUCUUUAAGUUUUGUUCAUGUUGACAAGUGAACACCUGUUUUUAACAAGGACGUCGUGUAGUUCGUACUCGCAGAGUAAAUGAGGAGAAACGAGAACGUACUUAAAACUGAGUGAUACAACGUCGUAAAAGCGAUAGCGCAAUUCCAAUUUUUUAUGAAACAAUGUGUGAGUGGCGUAAGGAGCUUUAGAAGUGCAGCGACUUUUUGAUAAAAUAGCUUGUGUACUCUUUGAUACACAAACAGUAAAUUUAAAGUUUGCGGAAGUCAUGGACGCACGAAUUUUGUUCAAGAUAACAGAAAAUGCCAAGCGCUUCAAGGUUUUUGUCACUCUUUGAAAUUAGAAUGAAACUAGUAAAAAGAAAAAUUGAACUUUCCAAUCAAGGAACUUUGCAAAAUGGAUUUGCUCUGUUUUCUCAUUUUUAUUAUAGUACUCAUAUGUAGCCUGCCAUUGUCAAAUAAAAUUAGCAGGAAACCUUGGUGAAAUUUCUCAAGAAUCUUUAAUUCAUUGUCAUUCCAUCCUCAUGUGUACGUAGCAUAUUUGUAUGCACAUAUUUUGAAGAAAAAAAUUCGUCGCCUUUUGAAUAACAAAUCUCACUUGGACUUCCUUCUAUGUGUAAUCCUUUUCUUUGCCAUCGAUAUUAUUUCUUCUUCAUCAAUGUCAUCAACAAAUCCGCCUAAUUCUAAUAUCUACAGCAUAAAACUAAUGGUCAGUGCCAUGGACACCGGGUCGAGGAGUCUAGGUUCGAGACGUAACUGGGUCAAUGUGUUGUGUCAGUAGGCUCCAGUGCAGACUUCACAUUUUACCCUAAUUUGUCUUAGUUGGCGUCAAACUGUUUCGUUCUUUCCAACAUCAGUCAUCAGAUAAAUACUGCCAUAGUUUUUUAGUUAUUCCUUUGAAUUCAGAAUCGAGAUAAUGCUCAGUAUUGUUAACCAAGUUGUAACCAAUUUUAUUUUUACAAAAUAGUUAACAAGACCACUUUUACUACCUUAGACUCAAGCCUACACUUCAGCCUUCCAUUUGUAUUUGGAAGAAGAUGCAUCUUGAUAUACCAAUUCCAAUUUAGCUUUGGAGAAAUUUUCAACCAAAUGCAGAAAGUAAACCUAGAAUGCGUUUUUUGGUAUCCUUUGCUCUCUGAUUGGCCCCGGAAACACGUGCCACUCUCUCAACCAAUCAAAUUCUAACCUAAAACCAAUCGCACGCGGUUUUCUUGUUUUUACUUCGAGUUCUCAUUGGCUCCUUGUGCUUUCUCUUCUGAUUGGCUUUUAGAAUAACGUGGUUUAAGUUUCGCGUCAUUCAAUCGAAAAGCUCUUAGAGUAACGGCCGCACUGAAAAUUUGGUUUGGAGUUACAAGCACAUAUAACGAAAAUUACUACAGUUGAACCCCGGUAACUCGAAUUACCAAGGGAAAUUGAAAUUACUUCGAGUUAUCGGGGUUUCGAAUUAUAGGGGUUUUGAACAAAAAGACCAGAAACACUUGAUUAAACAGGGUCUAUGCUUAUAAAUGUUGUAUUGUAAGAUUUCUCGCAAUGUGAGAGCCAAAAACGACAAAACAAAACAAAGUUCAAUUUUUCAUAGUAAUUAGAUGAGAUUAAAUGUAAUCUUCCGGUGCAAAAUGUCAUGGCUUAUUUGUCCGCAAAAAUGAAAAUCGACUUCGAGAUAUCGUGGGUAAAAUUUCAAAGAAAAUUACCCGAAGGGAAGUAAAAAUUGUUUCGAGGUAUUGGGGUUUCGAGUUAUAGGGGUUAAAAUUACAGUAAAUAUAUGGUGCAAAUCCAAGGAAAAACAGUUUUGCUUCGAGUUGGCGGGGAAUUCGAGUUAUCGGGGUUUAACUGUAGUGUCAAAGGACAAGGGACAUAUUUCGAAGGCCUCAUUUCCAGUGCUCUAAUUACACUUUAUAUACCACAAAUGGACAGCUGUUGGACACUUUUGCAUUCUUCUACUUUUGCUGCAGCAAACGUCAAAGGUCUGCCGAGUGGAUGUUAAAACUGCUCUAAGAGAGGAACAAAUCAACCCAACUGUAUCGCUCAAGACACAUGCGCAGCCAAUCAGGUACUCAGACGCUUUUGUCUUCAUAUGUCACUUGACUGUCACGAAAUCCAGAGCAGCUGAGCUUGUUGAGUGUUUCUUUUCAUCGGUUUCUACUUUUUUGAGUUUGGUGUGCGUUACUCAAUUUGCUUGUAGAAGGUUGUGCGAUAGCGUGGCGUCAAGCCAGGAAGAUUUGCGUGACUCUCGGACAUGAAAUGAAGUUGUUUGCGUGACAUGAACUUAUGUAUGUUUUCUACUUACCUGCAGACCUUCAGAAUACAAGAUCAACGCGCUUGGUUCGAGAGAUGUCUUGCCGAAUGGAAGGCAAAUUUUUGCUCUAACUCUCACUUAUAAUUUUCACCAGGUACGUCUUAAGGUGCAAGUAAAUGUUUCUUUUUUACAAUCUUAUACGUCAAGCAUUUCGAUUGGACUGCCCAUGCGUUUUUUUUUGUUUUGUUUUUUUCAAGUACGGAUUCCACAUUCCUUUCUGACCAGUUUUAUACUGUUUUAAGUCCAAAGCGGGUGAAGUGAGUCCCAAUGCAACAUACCUGUCUGACUUGUUAUACGAAUCUGAAUACGAGUCUCAAUUGUGGAUGAUUUUCGACUCUAACAAAAGGAUGCUGGGAAGCGGAGAUGCAUUUCCUGACCGGGUAAGGAGAGUUUGGUUUUACAUCCAAUCCAGGUUGAAUUGUUAACUGGUUGAGGACAACAAUGAAUUCAACAAGUUUUUUGUAGCUGAGUGGUAGAACAUCGAACGCGAAAUCCAAAGGUCUGAGGUUAGAAUCUUGGAAAACUCAGAUUGUCUUUGUCCUAAGCUAGUAACAAAAGAUUAACUUCGUUCUUUGCCUCUGUGACUCCUAUGAGUGACCGAGACAUAAUUAAAUAAUCCUCACAAUAUCAAUACAAUAUCAAGCGGACAGGUGAUACGAAAAAAGGAAAAUAUCAAGUGGAGGAUUAUUAGAUGAUCCAUCACCAAAUUCUUAGAACUUCAUAGGAAUUGUAUGGCAGACAGACAGUAAGGAGAAUUACUUUUGAAAUCUGGGGUGCGGAAGGGUUAAUAAACAGUUUUUUUUACUCAAUUUGAAUCUAAUUGAAAUUAUUCCGCGACUGAUUGGCUCGAGGGAAUAGUAUAGCAUAGUAUAGUAUAGCACUUUAAAAUUUAUAUUUCUGAUCCAAUUUCUAACUCGUUCUGCUUGGUUCAUAAUUCUUUGCAGUACUCAGUCAAGUUAGAAAAGGGAGAUUACGUGCUGAAGCUUCAGGUAAGAUGACUCGAAAAAGCCUGAAAUAAUCUGCACCCGCGAGAGGUCACGCAAGUGCUGCUUUCGCGUGCGCGUUUUACUCGCAUUUUUGUCGAGGUUAGAAGAUUCGGUCUUGAUUUGGGUUCGUUGAGGAAAACUAAACUAGUGUCUGACGAUAACCUGCGUUGAAAAUAUCUAAAAAGAUGAGUCAGACAUUCUUUCGAGUUGCUCGACGUUUCCUGUUGUCAAUACUCUCUUCCUGAAUUCAAAACUGUUCUCAUUGUUUGUACUCUCUCACUACCGUCAGGUUCGACAUGACAACAAGGAUCAACUUGAGAAAUUGAAAGACACCGUCAUCUUAAUAGAGCAGAAACUUUCGCCCGCUAUCACUCUAGACACACAUUCCUCACGUCUCGCCGCAAUGAAAUCUACCAAGUUCAAUUCAGGCAAUAAAAGACCAGGGACUUGUUGUCCUGUCUACAUAAUGCCUCCAGGAGAUGACAAGUAAGUAACCAAGCAUUUCUUGAGUUCUACAACUACAGCCUCGUUCACAAGGGGUAGAACAUGCUAUUCGUGAUUUCUACGCCUCUGUACCCCUGUGUAAUUUUUUAUUGAAUAAUUUUUACGUUUCGGAGUUUUCAUUUUAGGUAUUCCAACGUUGAAAAAGGGAAUGUAGUGGCCGAAACUAAUUUUGCCGGUCUUGGGUCAAAUUGGAAGUUUUCACGAGUUAACAAAAGAAAUUUGUCCAAAAUUGUGGUUUGAAAAUAGAGGAGCAAUCAGAGAUAUUAAUUUCUUCAUAGAGCAAUUUUCAAGGGCCAGAAAUGACCCGAAAUACCUUUGAUUUUGUAUUACUCCGUCAUUUGAUUGGCUUAGAAAACUUGUGCCAUCCUGUCAACCAAUAAGAUUCAAAACUGAUACCAAUCGCGACUUGGUCAGUUUUGGUUUUUUUUACUUUGAGAUCUCAAUGGUUGCUCGUGAUAUUUUACUUUGAUCUGAUUGGCUGUUUCUUUGGUUUUGAAUUUAAGGAGAAUCCCUCUAAAGGUUUUUAAGUCCUCUGAAAUGCCUCUUCAGUUAUUGUAGCUUCAAGGUAGCUUGUCUCGCGGGAUUGUAGUUACAUACAUUCCACUUACUGCGUGAUAAAACGCUGAUGAAAACCUCCGAUGCACCAUCGUCCAACGAGGGAAAAUAUCCAUACUUAAAACUGCGCGAUGCUACGGACACCAGAAUAAGCUUUGGGCGAUGUGAGCCAUGUAGCUUGUCAGCGGACUUUACCUUCCUCAUCCGAGAAAACUUAAAACAGAAUCUCCGGCAAUUUUCGUGUCGUCUCAGAUCUUCUCAGUACUAGUUGCUCACCGACUUGGGCUUUCACGACAUUUGACUGGACAUUUUUCCCUCUGUGAUAUAGGAUUCCCAAAGCUGCUAAACCUGGGCACAUCCUGAAGGGAACAGUUUCUUACGUGAAAAGUGAGACUGUAAAAAAAGCGGUGAGAGGGAUUUAUUUUGAAUUUUCCUCGCAGGUGAGCUGCAAUUGACCUGUGACCAAGACAGAAUUUCUUCUUACAAUAUCAAUGCAAUAUCAACCAGAUAAGUGUUGAGAAUAAGGAAAAAUAUCAAUUUGGGAAUAAAAAGUUGAUCCAAUACUAAAUUCUCUGAACUAACAUUAUAAGUAUUUUAUGGUUGAAAGUAAGGAGAAUUACAAAUUUGAUCAGGGAGGCAAAGGGUUAAAGAAAUUGUAGCUCCGAAAAAGGUGUUGCUGUUGUGAAUUCAGAUAAGUAUUCGCGAUUUGUAUAAACUUGUUUUUUAUUCUGGUUUUUCACUUGUUUGGCUUGUUAACCAGCAGACGUAUUUUAGAUUUAGCGCCAGUCGAGCCCGUUUCCGUCGAGUGCUAGUUGAAUCAUCGGAACCACGGAUGCAUUUUGUAAAUGUCUUCCUUUUCGGCAAAAUGUUAAGGAUUUCAUCAGAAAAAAAGGAUUAUGGCAGUUAUGUACACAAAUUGAGUAGUUAUGAAUGUAGAGGAUACAGGUGCUACUUUUGUGGUCGUUGUUUUUUUUAACUUCUCAUAUCAAUUAUUUCAGUGCGCUUAUCCAGUUCAGUACGUUGUUCCGGCCGCACCUAUUAAACAGAACAGCAAAGCAGCUACCACCAAACCGGUGGAAAAAGAGGUUAGUCCAAGGAACCGGGAAGGCGAGGGCGGCGGAAGGGUGUCAAAGGACUUAGGUUGUGUCACAAUGUAAUUUACCUGAUCCCCCCAUAAGGCUCUGUGGUAUUGCGAUGAUCUCCCCUCAUUAGCAGUCAAUUUUCUACAGUCCCCCAUUUAAAAUCUUUUAGAGGAGAGUAACUUCCCCCUCCUCCCCAAAAAAGAGGCGCCCCCCAACCCCCUCAGGCGAUAAAUGAUGAGUUGUCCUUUAGGGAGAAAAAGGGAAAAGGACUGAAACUGCCUGAAGUCUCAUGAAGCACAACAUUUGACGUAACAUUCCUUAAUUGUCCUCACCAGUCUCAACUAUUUAUUCUGGCACUCAAAAGAAGGACAUAACUCCCCUUUGAUGAUCAUGUGUUACAUUUUCGUUCGUUCAGCUCGCUUUCUCAACGUUUUGUGCAAAUUUUCAGAUGAAACAACAGUUUGAGGAGGCAAUGAGGGACCUUAAAAUCUCUUGGAUACCAAAGUAAGUCAGGUCUAUCUUUAGUCAAUGCCAUUGACUAAAAAAAAGUCAAAUUACCCCCCAUUUUUUAUUUUUCAUUUGUUCCUUCUUUUCUUUUCACAUUUUAGACUUGGUGAUGUAACUCUGUAUGACGAGCUUGCGGAGCAGUAUUCUGAUCAUUUACCGCUACAUGUAGCAAGACUCCAUUUCUUAGACAAUUCCAAAGUAUGACAGAUAUCAGAUGGUUUUAUGUUUUCAUACUCCGUUCUCUCUGUGGAUUUUUGUGAUAUACUGUUUUGCUUGAUAGAUACCUUAUAGCUGUUCUUACAGUUGUACAAAACAGAAGCGUGCAUGCAACUUAUACCAAAAAUUUGUGGGUAGAAUUUUACUUGCGUCUUUUUUUUUUAUCGUUCCCAAAGGAUAGACUUCAAAGGCUUCCACAAGUUAUAGUUGCAGCGGAAAAAGUCAUACAAAUGGUAAGAGUGCAGAAUGAGUUGAUGGAGAGAGACACACGCACAGAUAGACAGUCUAAAUCCUGCACCAGUAGCCUAGCUUCAUUUCCAGCAUAUAAACACACAUGCACAACCCACAAUUCCUCUAUUCGCUCUGAGUAAUAGCUAACACUCGAAAUAUCAGCUUUAGAAACUCUUCACAUUGAUGGCCAAUUUACAUUAUCAACUCAGUUGAUCCAAAAAUUAUCUUUUAAUACCCCCCUCCGACGCAAUUUCCUUAAAAACUUAUUCCCUUUACAAACAUCUGACUGUUCUUCUAUAAGUCUGACCGACUGACUGCCACACUGGCUGACUGACUGACUGACUAACUGUCACACUGAUUGAAUGACUGACGGACUGUCACACUGAUUGACUGGCUGACCAAGUGACUGUCACACUGAUUGACUGACUGACCGACUAACUGUCACACUGAUUGAAUGACUGACCAAGUGACUGUCACACUGACUGACUGGCUGACCGACUAACUGUCACACUGAUUGAUUGACUGACCAAGUGACUGUCACACUGACUGACUGACUGACUGACCAACUAACUGUCACUGAUUGACUGACCAAGUGACUGCCACACUGGCUGACUGACUGACCGACUAACUGUCACACUGAUUGAAUGACUGACUGACUGUCACACUGAUUGAUUUACUGACCAAGUGACUAUCACUCUAAUUGACUUACUGACCGACCGACCGACUGACUGACUGACUGACUGACUGACUGUUGGAAUCAUGUAGGAACCGAAUGGCGACUCAUUCAAUUAGCCGUUAGAGACUGACAUGUUUUUUCAUCUUAUCUCGUUUAGAUAGAUCUUGUUGAGUUGUCCAGUUAUUAUGGUAUGAAGACCGACACUCGGCCAGACGCCAUUAUCAUCAAGAGGUAUUGAGUCUGAACCUGGGAUAUUUCUAUCAGCAAUAUUUGAUACUUUCUGUCCAAUUUUAUGUUUUGUUUUGAGCGCUUUUCGAUUGAGUGUCUUGAUUCAAAGCCGAAGUUAUCACGAGAGCCAAUCAGGAGAAAGUAAAAAUGAGAGCCGAUGAGAACUCAAAGUGGUAACAAUCAAACUGUCUAAAACACGGGAAAACGCGGGAAAACGCGGGAAAACGCGGGCGACCAAGUCGUGAUUGGUUUUAGUUUUGCAUCUGAUUGGUUGAGAGAGUGGUACGAGUUUUCAGGACCAAUCACAGAUCAAAGUAACGCAAAAACAAAGCAAUCCCGGAUUACUUUCGACUCUCAGUUAACCCUUUCGCUUCCAAGAUCUUAUCAGUAACUCUCUCUACUGUCUGUCAUACAGUUCUUAUGAUGUUAGUUCGGAGGAUUUGGUAUUGGAUCAACUAAGAAUCCCUUAAAUUAUAUUUUUUCCUAAUUCUCAUCUCUUAUGUACUUUUAAUUUGUAAGGAUAUUGUGAGGAGAAAUUCUGUCUUGGUCAUUCAUGGGAGUUAAAGGGUUAAAAUUGCUCUGUGAGCACACUAUAAUCUUUGAUUGGCUAGGGACUGCAAUUUUCAAUCUGCCAAACCUCCCCGCCUGACGUGUUACUCAAAAUCUGUGUAAAAACUGUGGCAGAUCCUUGGUUUAAGAACCUGUUACGAUCACAAGUGACGUUAGACAAAUGAAAUAGAGCAUUCAAAGCAAUAGACCGUGGAAAAAUAAUUGUGGCAAAACAAAGAGAAACUUCACAGGUUCUUACACCAGAGAAAACACGAAAGCGCCGUCAAUUGCGGGUUGUCUGCGGCCUAGGUUGUGAUUUUCAGUGCAACAGAUUUUGUUUAAAUUGAAUUUUUCUCUCCAAAAUGUAUAUAUUUAUUUGUUACAUAUCUAGACUUGGAUAGUUUUGCAAUAAUUGUAUAAAUUCUUGAGCUCUCAAAAAUGGAUAUGUGAUGAUUAUAGCCAAUGAGGCCCGUAGGGCCAAGUUGACUAUCUAUCUUCUCAUAUCCAACGCGCGCUCGUGGAAUAAUUGUCUAUCAUUCUGUUUGGUAAUGUAAAUUGGCCAUCGUUAAGAGCUUCUACGAUGGUCAAUUUACAUUAUCAGCUCUGUUGACAAAACCAAUUUAUCUUGUUUUACCCCCCCCACCGACGCAGCAGCACAGUUUUUCAAGAAACUUACCCCCUCUCCCCCCUUUAUAGUUCUGAACGUAUGAACUGUCUCCAAAUUAUUUGGUAGAUCCUUUGUCCAACUAAUUGCAUGUCACUUUUAUGAUCCAAUAGUGAGAAAGACAGCCAAAAAGCUACAUUAAUAGACGCUUUGUGUCGUAAGGUAAGUGUUCCCCCUAAGCCAGAGAAAGCUUCGGAGAGAGCUUCUUUUCAGUCCUUGUAUCAGUUCUAUUUAAGGGGUAAUGGAGAGCUUGUUACAAGCUAUGAACGGGUGGUAGAUGCAAGGGUAAUGGCAUUGAAGAAGGUAGACCAUUAUUGCUCGUUUGUUUUGUCUUUCACUCUGCAGUUGCUGUAGUUUUAAAGUCUUUUUUAUUCAACAACUUGAAAGUUCUGCUUUAAUCUUAUUUUUUUCUACUUAGGGAAUAGCUCUAGCUGACAGGAUACUGGAAAAAUCUUCGGAUAGUAAGGAAACCACAGGUAAAACAACUUCAAAUCCUUGCCUUAAACCUCUCAAUCCCAAGAUCUCAGUAGUAAUUCUCUUUUGUGUCUGCCAUACAAUUCUUGAUGUUAGUUUGGAGAAUCUGGAAUUGGUAAAGCCUUUAUAUAGGCCCAAGUGGCCCAUGGGGCCAACGCUUAACUCCGGUUUCCUUAGCAUGAAGCGGCUGCUAGUCCAUCGCAGGGUUACCCCCAGCAUAUUUGCUAGUAACCCAUUUGUACACCUGGGCGAAGAUGAGCACUGUGAGAGUAAAGUGUCUUGCCUAACAACACAGCACAGUGACCCCGGCCAAGGCUCGAACCCGGACCACUCGAUCCGGAGUCGAGCGCACUAACCGUGAGGCCACCGCGCCUCCACUCAAUCUGGCAUUGGGUCAAGUAAUAGUCCCGUAAUUGGCCCUAUUUUCUCUCUCAUUCAUCUCUGCUUGAUAUUGUGCGGGGAAUUUUUGUUUUGGUCCCUCUUGGGAUUUAAAGGGUUAAUCUUAUCUAUUGCAGUGAAGUUUGAACUAGAUAAAGUUCGUGUCACGUACUUUUUCCAAAUGUCUCUCAUUUUAAAUCGCUAGACGAUGGAGAUGCAAGUAGUUCGGAUGACCAGGCGGAGACAGAGGAAGCAAUCUGUAAGUGCAGAAUCUGUGAGCAACCAUGUUACUACAAUGCUUUCCAUCAUGAUUUCAAGUCGUGUGGUUCUCAGUCAUGAUCAUCUGAUCUUCUACCCAGUUCCUCAGUGUCCGGCUGGUCAGCCAGCCAGUAUAGAGAUCUGGGUAAUAAUUAAAGCGCAUUUUUCGGAUAUCUUUUAUUUGGUGUUGCUUGUGGUCAGAAUUCAAGUAAAAGUUUCUUGUAAUCUUACCGAGGAUUGCGCAUAACUUAACCUAAUUUAAGUCAUCGUUUUUAGUAGCCCCUCAAGGAAUCCUCAGCUAAUUUUCCUGUUUAUAAGUGAGAAAGUGCGCUUACACGUAUUAUUUCUGGAAAAUUUAUCGCCGAUUUUUUUACUUUGCCUUGUUCUCCUUCCGUCAGAUGAAAGACUUGAUGAGACUUUCAAGGAACUUGUUAAGUGGAUUGACGCAUCAGACCCUAAGGUAAGUCUUAAAAAGAUACAUUUUUGUCUUGAUCUAAAGGUCGUCGAAAAUUGAUUGAUUUUUUAACUACAUUUUAAAAUUGAAUCAAUUUCAAUUCAACGGCUUCUUUUAAGCCAUCUUUAUCAGUUACGUGCAAUUCAAGGCCUCUUCACCGAGCCCGAUAACUGGGAAGAAUUUUGCCUCAAAGUGAAACAAAUGAAUUACCUGAAGCGCGGGAAAACGCGAGUGACCAAGUCGUGAUUGGUUUUAAUCUUGACUCUGAUUGGUUAAGAAACUGGCACGAGUUUUCUACACCAAUCAUGUAGCGAAGUAAAAUAAACCAAAGUAAUAUCAGAUUAUUGUCUACACUUAAUUGAAGAUUGUUCUAUCGAUAGCCCAGCAAGCCCGGAGAACCGGGAUCGUAUAAAAACAGUUUCUUUCCAAGGGAAAAUGUUCUCGUAGGUCUCAUACUUGAUUCUGACGCGCUUCUUUAUGUUCAGGUUCUGCCGUUUUACAUUCGCCGCGCGCAGGCAAUGAAGCUCUACGGCCUUGCCCUGAAGGCUUCAAUGAAACAAAAUGGCGAUGGCACGCCUAACAGGAUAAACGAUGACAGGAACAUCCUGGUUAGUAACAUCAGCUUUAUCUUUUAGUGUCAUAGGAGAGUAACAUCUUUCGAUCUCUAUUGUCGUUAUUGACUUGCAAAGUUUGUUUAUUUAGUUUUGUGUGCGAUGAACUUUUACGCCGUGUAGUAACCUGUUCCAGCCUGUCACAGUGUUGCCAUCAUAAGUUGUCGUGAGUGAAGGUGCAAAGUUAUAACUAGCUGGAUUUAAUUCGUUUCCCGUUUCUCGCCUUUUUUACGAAUUUUUUUCUUUUCCGAAUAGCAAGAAAAGUUUUGAAGGGUUUUAAUUUUUUGGUGGUUUUUUCGGGCAGUCCUCGAUCAGAAAAUUCGCAAAGACAAAAAAAAAUACGGCAAAAUAAAACGCCGCUGUAGUAAAAGAAAAAAAGAAGGGCACGUUCGAAAAGCAUCGUAUUCGGUCGAAAUUUAACCUGCUGUAGAGUAGAUGGUAGGCGUAACCGUGAAAAUGGAACUGCGUUUUAAAAUGUACCUGUCGUUUUGAAGACGGGGCCGUAGUUUUCAGCAAAAUAACAACAAAAACAAUCAUUCAACAUGCUUUUUCCUUGUUUGUUUUUUAGUUGUUCGAGAAGCUUGGCUGGGAACAUUGUGCGCGACUCACCAGAGAGAGUCUUCCGGUGAAGUAUCCUGCCUCCUAUCAGCCGUUUUAAUGAACACUUUUGCUGUAGCUUUUAUAUCGCUGUUUCAUUUUGACAGGUUUAACUGAAUUAAAUGCACGCGGGCACGUGUAGCACGAAAAGUACUAAAUUUACUUACAUGAUCCACUUCUUUGUAUAUGGACACUGCUGUUUAGACCUUUCACUCUUGUUCUCAGAUAAAAAUAUCAAUGAAUGAGUUGCCAGUUAUCGAAUCCUUGUGUAUGCGCAAAGAUUUCAGGAAUCGCCACGGGGCAAACAUUGGUAGUUGCUAGAAAGAAAUAUAGCGAUAGGUCUUUUCGACUUCCGAAAAAAAAAAAACGAUUUUGGAGAGAGAUCAACGCUUUUUCGCCGCAUUUUCAUCACGCGCAAAUACAAGGAUCUGAUUAAUGGCAACUCAUUCAUUCUCUGUAUUGUCUGCCAUACUUUUUUCACUAUUUAAGAAAAGAGAAUUUUGUUUUCAAUCAAUCCGUGUCACGUGGUUGAUAUGUCUGUGGUCUUAUCACUUUUCUACCUGGAAGUAUAGUUUAAUUUGAAGGAGAUAUAACAUAUUGGUCUUUCCUGUGAAAAGGUUUAGUACGCAAUUUUCAAAUGUUGUCAAGGGUAUGUAAAACUGCUUGAUGAACAGAUCGAUUCAAAAAUGAAUCUAAUAAAAAAAAAACACGCUGUUGUCACGUUUCGG